CACAACUCAACGGCAAACGGUCAUGUGAAGGCACCCAUACCUUCAUAUUCGCCUCACAUGCUCAUCGUUGCGCCUACACCACCAUCAUCAUCGCCGACGUCUGAGGCCCUUGGAAGCCGCACCAGACGACUUCGACGGCAGCCAUAACGCUCCCAGCGAUACCUGUACAUACCUGAUGUUCUCUCGAAGCGCUAUCCGCUCUCUGGCUUGUACUCGAUCAAGAAUCCUCAAAUCGCAUGGGUACGCGACUGUGUCGUCCCAUCCUGAUUCCAACUAUGUGACAGUUGUCGAGGUCGGGCCGCGAGACGGUCUGCAGAACGAGAAAGCGGUCGUGCCGCCUUCCGUCAAGGCUGAACUGAUCACUCGGCUGGGACAUGCUGGGAUGAAGGUCAUCGAGGCAGGAAGCUUCGUGAGUCCUAAAUGGAUCCCGCAGAUGGCAGGCACGCCAGAAGUACUCAUGAGUAUGGAGCGGCUCCCUGGGAACCACUACCCAGUACUCGUACCCAACAUGAAGGGUCUCGAGAACUUGUUUGCUCUGCUCGCAACAGAGAACCCGCCCUCCCCGCAGACUCCUCAUCACGCUGACCCUUCUGUUGCUCCCUUGACGGACGAGAUUGCGAUAUUCACAGCCGCGACGGACGCCUUCGCGAAAGCAAACACGAACUGCACUAUUGUUGAAUCGCUGGAGCGCCUCGAGAAGGUGACCGAACGCGCUCUUGCGAAGGGCCUGCGUGUCAGAGGAUACGUGAGCGUGGUCGUGAUAUGUCCGUACUCCGGCAGAGUAGAUUAUAGAAAAGUCAAGGAAGUCACACGGGCGUUGCUCGACAUGGGCUGUUAUGAAGUCAGCCUGGGAGACACUGUCGGAGCGGGAACACCAGCGGACAUACGCGAGAUGCUCGAAGUUGUCAUGGGUGGUGACAGCAGCAUUCCGGCCUCCAAGCUUGCUGGUCAUUUCCACGAUACAUAUGGGACCGGAGUAGCCAACGUGCUCACUGCACUGGACAUGGGACUACGUACCGUCGAUGCUGCUGUCGGUGGCCUCGGUGGAUGUCCGUACUCUCCUGGUGCGACCGGUAACGUCGCGACCGAGGACGUGGUGUAUGCGCUUCGCGGGAGCAAAUAUAAAACGUCAGGCGACUUCGAGGCGCUCGCACAUGUGGGCGACUGGAUUUCGACGAGGAUUGGGAGAAGGAGUGAAAGCCGUGCCGGACGCGCCAUUCUAGCGAAGAGGGAGCGAGAGCGUCUUGAGCAUGACAAGGGGCGAGAUGGCGGCUUGGCCGAGAGCAUUUCUGCGAAGUUGUAGGACAGUACUGGUUCGUCCAUUUGGAAGGGUUCGAACAUGUAGGACUAAUUUGUAGUUUAUCACGGAGAAACUCUGUGCUAUCGCAUUCACUCGUCAGGAUGGAAAUUAUUCGAGCCAUUGGCAGCCUG